ACUCACUAUGUACUUUCUCUCUCUAUCUCUACACCCUUCCCUAGCACAAGGUUCACUCUAUUGGCGAAUCCUCUAUCCAUUAGGUUUAGGUUAUUUUCUCUUGUUUCAUCUUCGCGGACCAUAAAUUCACAUUCCCUGGAUAAUAAAUAAUAACCCAUUAAGGGUUCUUAUCGCUCUUCUCUUCCCGAAGAAGGGUAUAUGGACUCCAAUAGCCAGUCGAACAGUUCCUAUACGCUUUCAAAUCUCUUCAAUCUUCAGCUUUUGGUAUGUCUUGUAGCCUCUUAUGCAAUUUCAACUUCCACAACGAGAUGACGAUUUGGACUAUUACGGGAAUAAUUGUCAGGACGAGAGCAUAGAUAGCCAGGGUGGAAUAAUGGCGAACCACACUAAUGGAAGUGUAUCGGAUAAAAUACGUAAAUCAAAGAAGAAGAGAAGGACUGGACAUGGUAGUAGCGAGGAUGAUGAGGAUGGUAGCUACAAUGUGCAUAUUACAGAGGAGCAUUAUCGAUCAAUGCUUUGUGACCACAUCCAGAAGUAUAAGAGGAAACACAAUAAUUUCUCAUCAAGUUCUGUAUCUGAUCAAAUAGGGAUGUCAGCCGUGAGAGUUAGUUCCAGAGUUCGGAAAUUUGGUAAUGAUCAGCACAGAGAGCUUCCUGAUAUUGAGCCAUCAUCUGAUUUUCUCAAUGAUAUUAGUCGUCGAAGGUUUACUACGCCAAAUGGCAUUGACAGGAGUUUUUCAAAUCCUUCUUACUUGGAUAUUGACGAUGACAUCACUUACACAAUAUAUCCACCUUUUGAGGAAAUGGCAGCAUUAAGCAAAAUGCCCAGUGUGAAUGAUAUGCGGAUUGAAGAAGAUUAUUUAAAGGGUACCCUUGAUCUGGGGUCCUUGGCUAGACUGAUGGCAAAUAAUAUGAGUUAUGAAUCUAGCAGCCAUCAUGGGAUGUCGGAUCCUAACCGACAAUUUGAAUCACUUCAUGCGAGAUUGCAAGAACAAGCUGUAAGUAAUGCAGGACAGAAAUUCCAAUUGAAAGUGAUUGAUAUUGGACCAGAUUCAUCCAUUCCUGAGGGAGCAGCAGGAAGAAUACGGAGGUCUAUAUUAUCUGAAGGUGGGUUACUACAGGUCUACUAUGUGAAGGUGUUGGAGAAAGGAGACACAUAUGAGAUUAUUGAACGCAGUCUACCAAAGAAGCUAAAGUCGAAGAAAGAUCCUUCUAUAAUUGAGAAAGAAGAAAUAGAGAAGACUGCAAGAAGUUGGGUAAAUAUUGCGAGGAGAGAUAUACUGAAGCACCACAAGCUCUUCACAUCUUUCCACAGAAAGCAAUUAGCUGAUGCAAAAAAGUUUUCUGAAAUCUGUCAAAGAGAGGUGAAAAUGAAGGUUAGUAGAACUCUGAAACUGAGUAGGAGUGCUGCUAUCAGAACCAGGAAACUGUCGAGAGACAUGCUUGUGUUAUGGAAGCGAGUAGACAAAGAGAUGAUGGAAGUGCGAAGAAGAGAAGAGAAAGAAGCUGCAGAAGCACUCAAGCGUGACCUGGAGCUCCGUGAGGCAAAGAGGCAGCAGCAAAGACUAAAUUUUCUUUUGUCACAGACAGAAUUAUACAGUCAUUUUAUGCAGAAUAAGCCAACAGUCCAGGCUUCUGAAGCUCUGGAUAAGGCCGACGAGAAAUUGGAUGAGCAAGAAAUACUUCCGACUUCUUCAGAACCUACUACCGGAGAGGAAGAAGAUGCGGAAGAGGCUGAGCUUAAAAGGGAGGCUCUAAGAGCUGCUCAAGAGGCAGUCUCCAAGCAGAAAAAAUUCACCAGUGAUUUUGAUAGUGAGUGUUCAAGAUUCCGACAAGAUGGUGCUGAUCCAGAUAGUGAUCAACAGGAUAUGUCAGUGGAAGAAUCUAAUAAUAUGGAUCUAUUGCAUCCCUCAACCAUGCCAGUGACCUCAACAGUGCAAACACCAGAUCUGUUUAAAGGUUCAUUAAAGGAAUAUCAGCUGAAAGGACUACAGUGGUUAGUAAAUUGUUAUGAGCAGGGCUUGAAUGGCAUUCUUGCUGAUGAAAUGGGUCUGGGAAAGACUAUCCAAGCAAUGGCUUUCUUAGCUCACUUGGCUGAAGAAAAGAAUAUAUGGGGUCCUUUCCUGGUUGUCGCUCCUGCUUCAGUACUGAACAAUUGGGCAGAUGAAAUUAGUCGAUUUUGCCCUGAUCUGAAAACUCUUCCCUAUUGGGGUGGACUGCCGGAGAGGAUGAUACUUAGAAAAAACAUGAUCCCAAAGCGUCUUUACCGAAGGGAUGCUGGAUUUCACAUUCUCAUUACUAGCUACCAGUUGCUAGUGGCAGAUGAAAAAUACUUUAGGCGUAUAAAAUGGCAAUAUAUGGUACUGGACGAAGCACAAGCUAUCAAAAGUGCUAACAGUAUAAGAUGGAAGACUCUGCUCAGUUUUAACUGUCGAAAUCGCUUGCUUCUGACUGGCACACCAGUCCAGAAUAACAUGGCAGAGUUAUGGGCUCUGUUACAUUUCAUCAUGCCUACAUUAUUUGACAGCCAUGAACAGUUCAAUGAGUGGUUUUCAAAAGGAAUAGAGAGUCAUGCAGAGCAUGGGGGUACUUUAAAUGAGCACCAGCUUAACAGAUUGCAUGCCAUCUUAAAGCCUUUCAUGCUACGCCGAGUUAAAAAAGAUGUGGUUUCUGAGUUGACUACCAAAAAAGAAAUCACUGUGCAUUGCAAGUUGAGUUCUCGCCAGCAGGCUUUCUAUCAAGCAAUAAAGAAUAAGAUCUCUCUUUCUGAGUUGUUUGACAGUAACCGUGGACAUCUAAAUGAUAAAAGAAUUAUGACCUUAAUGAAUAUUGUCAUUCAACUGAGAAAGGUUUGUAAUCAUCCGGAGUUAUUUGAAAGAAAUGAAGGCAGCUCAUACUUUUAUUUUGGAGAAGCUGCAAAUUCUCUUUCACAUCCCCCAUUUGGUGAAUUGGAGGACAUAUACUACUCUGGUGCUCGAAACCUUAUCUCUUACAAGAUGCCAAAACUUGUAUACAAAGACAUUAUCCAAGGAUCCACCAAAGCGCAUUCUUCUGAAGUUAGACAUGGUAUCAAUAAAGGAUUGUUUUUGAAGCAUUUCAACAUUUUUUCCCCAGAGAAUGUCUAUCAUUCUCAACGGGGUUCUACCUUUGAUGAGUGGUCUGCUAGAAGUGGAUCUUUUGGAUUUGCUCGUUUGAUUGAUUUGUCGCCUGCGGAAGUGGCAUUUCUGGCAACAGGUUCUUUUAUGGAGAGGCUAUUGUUUUCAAUUGCGAGAUGGGAAUGUCCUUCUCUAGAUGGUAUAGUUGAUUUUCUUAUGGAAGAUGUGCAUAAUGAUGCUCAAGAAAUCCAACUUGAGAGAGAGAAAGUGAGAGUAGUCACAAAGAUGUUGCUGCUUCCAUCAAGACCCCGAACUAAUCUCUUUAGGUCAAGACCUGCAACAGGUUCUGCUGAGGCUCCCUUGGAGGCUUUAGUCAUGUCAGAUGAGGAUAGAGUUCUAUAUAAUGUCAGACUACUACAAUCAGUGUACAGUUUCAUUCCAAAAACCAGAGCACCUCCUAUUGGUGCCCAUUGCUCCGAUAGAAACUUUGCAUAUCAAAUGACUGAAGAACUCCAGAAUCCUUGGAUUAAGAGACUCUUCAUUGGAUUUGCCCGAACAUCUGGAUUUAAUGGUCCCAGAAAACCAGGUUGUCCACACCAUCUCAUUGAAGAGAUAGACUCUGCUGUAUCAGUUUCUCAGCCUGCCCUACAGCUGACCCAUAAGAUCUUCGGCUCAAGUCCACCCAUGAGAAGCUUUGAUCCGGCGAGAAUGCUUACUGAUUCUGGGAAGCUUCAAACACUGGAUAUAUUGUUGAAACGCUUGAAAUCGGAAAAUCACCGAGUUCUUCUAUUUGCACAGAUGACAAAAAUGUUGAAUAUUCUGGAGGACUACAUGAAUUAUCGGAAAUAUAGAUAUCUGAGACUAGACGGUUCCUCUACUAUAAUGGACCGUCGGGACAUGGUCAGAGAUUUCCAACAUAGGAAUGAUAUCUUCGUCUUUUUGCUGAGUACGAGAGCUGGUGGUCUGGGUAUUAAUUUGACAGCUGCAGAUACAGUCAUUUUCUAUGAAAGUGACUGGAACCCGACUCUUGAUUUGCAGGCUAUGGAUAGAGCUCAUCGGCUGGGUCAGACUAAAGAUGUUACUGUCUAUCGUUUGAUAUGCAAAGAGACAGUGGAAGAGAAGAUAUUGCAAAGGGCAAGCCAGAAGAAUACUGUACAACAGCUUGUCAUGACAGGAGGUCAUGUUCAAGGGGAAUUGUUGGCUCCAGAAGAUGUUGUUUCCUUGCUCAUAGAUGAUCCCCAGUUGGAGCAGAAACUAAAAGAGAUCCCACUACAGGCUAGGGAUAGACAAGGGAGAAAGGGUGGAACAAAAGGCAUUCUCGUAAAUGCUGAUGGUGAUGCUUCCUUCGAAGAUGUUACAAAUGGAGAACAUGUGAAUGGUUCUGAGUCAGGAUCUCAUGAAACGGAGAAAACCAAGACCAAUAAUAAAAAGAGAAAGGCCGCAGGUAACAAUCAAAAUAAAAAUCCAAAACAGAGACCACCCAAGGUUCCAAAACGGACAGAUUCUGUCUCCCCAGAUAAUGAUAUGACAGUGGAAGCCGAGUUAGAACAACAAAAGAAACCGAAAAGGGCAAAGAGGGCAACGAAAAGUGUAAAUGAAACUAUCGAACCCGCAUUUACUGCUACUUCCAGUUUAUUACUAGCUUCUGAGCAAGCAGAAGAUGCUGCUACACUUGGGGGUGAGUUUCAGUUAAGGUAAUCUGUAAAAUAUAUUUAUAUUUUUUGAGGCCUUUACCAUAAAAGGUCAGUGGUACAAUUUACUUAUAACGAUGAAAGCCAAGAAGCUAAAGAAGAUUGGCCUUUUUAUUGUGUUUUUGCUUAAGAGAAAGGUUGGCUGCUAGUUAGUUAAUCAGUAGAUGUUUUGUACAUGGUAGUUCAUUGAUAAUAUUUAUAUAUAUAUAUUUUUUGCUGCUA